AUGCCCAAUCCCAGACAGCCCUAUCCCCUUCUCCUUCUCAUCGCCUGCUCUUGCUUCUUCAUCCUCUGCGCCUUUCUCUACGUCCGGCCCUACAUCGCCUCUGCAGUCAGUCCGUACAGGCCCGUACAUGACCCAUACCAGCAUGUGUACGCUUCAGGGUUCGCCUGGACCCGCUACGCACUCGCCGACAAGUAUGUAGGCAACGACUUCUUCAACCACUGGAUGUGGGAGAGCGUCGACGACCCGACGCACGGCCGCGUCAACUACAUCGACAAGUGGUCAGCCAGGCGCACCAACCUGUCUUUCGCAUCCGAUACGAAGUUCGUAAUGCGCGCAGACCAUACGAACCGCGUCCAGCCCAACGCACGCGGGCGUGACAGCAUCCGCAUUCACUCCAACAAGGCCUACGGCGACUCGGUCACGAUACUCGACGUCUCGCACAUGCCCGAGGGCUGCGCGACCUGGCCCGCCUUCUGGUCGCUCAGCCAGGCAGGGCCCUGGCCCUCCGGCGGCGAGAUCGACAUCAUCGAAGGCGUGAACCUCCAGGUCGGCAACACCAUGUCCCUCCACACGCUCCCCAGCUGCGUGAUGCCCGCAGAGCCCGCGCGCGCGCACACCGGCACGGCGCUCUCCACGAACUGCGACACGCGCGUGAACUACAACCAGGGCUGCGGCGUCGGCGGCCCGCCCGCGUCGGACGACCCGGGCGUGCCACGGGAGAUCAGAGGUGGGGAGGAGACGAGGGAGGUGAGCCCGAGUCCGGCGUGGGGCCUGCCGGUCGCGCAUUUCCCGAUGGGGAGGGAGUGCGACUAUCAGUCGCAUUUCGAUGAGCAUAUGUUCGUGUUUGACCUGACGUUCUGCGGUGACUGGGCCGGGAACGCAUACCCGACGAGCGGGUGCAGCGGGUCGUGCGUUGAUUUGGUCGAUAACCACCCGGAAGCGUUCGUCAACGCGUACUGGGAGGUGAACUCGCUCCGCGUUUACACUCCUGCGUCAUGA